AUGGCUGCGCCCGCACCCGCUGCGCCUCUUGCGCCUGCUACACCCGCCGCGCCUGAUCCCGACGCCCCGCCGCACGAGCCAAAGCUCCUCAAGCAGCACAUCGACCACGGCUUCCACUUCACCCUGACUUGCGACUUGGAGAUGGACCUCUCGGCGCCGAAGAUCAAGCGGACCGAGGUCCCGCUCAAAGGUGUCGCGCUCGCCGGCGUCUGGAGCUGCAAGGUCGUCAAGGAGGAAGAGGAUGGCAAGGAGCGGAUUUCGUUGCACGUCCUGCACGGAGUUUUGCCGAUAGGCCUGCUGGGACAGCGUGUCAGGGUCUCUCUGAGCUUGUCGGCGGUCGUCGGUGACAAAGAGUACGUGCUGAACCAGUCGAGUUGGGACCGUCACGGCGCGCCCGAAGUCUCCAAUACCUCGCCGCCCAACUCGUACUCUGGCUUCCGAAUGGUACUCUCAGACGAUGUCAUCGCCGCUCUCGAGGGGCGGUCGGGUGGACACUACAAGGUUGCGGAUCACCGCCUCUACCGCCUCGUCUUCGAGCUCGAACAGGCGCGGUCCUCGCCCACAUCCGAAGCAAGGGAGCUUGCCGAGCGCAUUCGAGGAAACGCCCAAGAACUCGCGCGAGUGCAGCGGCGCCCGCUCAAGAAGUCGUCGCCAGACAAAGACUGCGAAGACUCGGACGAGGAGACUGACCGAAUCUACUUCGAGGAACCCUUGGCACGUCUUCACGAGCACGAUUGCGACUGCCCUCUCGAGUACAAGCAGGUUACGAUCACCAAGUCCGCCUACACGACCUAUCGCGCAGUCCUCACCUACCUUCGGACUGGCUUCAUUCCCUUCGCACCUCUCUCCUCGGCUUGCAAGCCCCUCAGCUCGACUUCAACUCGCACGCGCAAACAGCGGCUGCUUGAGGUCUGGUACUGGCAGGACAGGCCCUUGCCGGUGUCGCCAAAGUCGGUCUUCCGCCUCGCUCAUCUGCUCGAGCUCGAGGAGCUCCAGGAGCUCUGCCUCGCCAACCUGCGCAGGCAGCUCACCGUCGAGAUUGCGCCCGUCGAGCUUGUCGACGACGCCUCGGUCUGCUUUGACGAAUGGCGCAAGGUCAUCAUCGACUACAUCUUCGAGAACUGGGACAACGUUGAAGGGUCGGAAGCGUGGAAGAAGAUGCAGGGCAGGAUCAGGCGCGACGAGGUGCCGGGAGCUGCACCGGUCAUGCUCGAGCUGAUGGCCAGAUUCGCGACGAGGAAGGACAAGGGUGCGCCAGGUGCUUCUCCUCCUCCGCGUGCAUCCCUGCUGACGAAGUAG